CCCACAGCGGCUCGGCCCCUUUCUCCAGAAGGACAACCUGCUGACCCCGGGCCAGGAUGGACGGCAGACUGUGGCCUUCACAUUGGGUCUGGUCCCUGCUGGCUCUGGUACUCGUGGCUGGAGGUGUGGCGUCCACUGGGGCCACGGACAACAGCCCGACGUCCAACAGCCUGGAGGGGGGCGCUGACGCCACCGCCUACUGGUGGGGGGAGUGGACCAAGUGGACGGCCUGCUCUCGCAGCUGCGGGGCCGGGGUGACGUCCCAGGAGCGGCACUGCCUGCAGCAGAGGAGGACGUCUGUCACUGGCACUGGGAACAGGACCUGCACGGGCACGUCCAAGCGGUACCAGCUGUGCCGUGUGCAGGAGUGUCCGCCGGACGGGAGGAGCUUCCGCGAGGAGCAGUGCAUCUCCUUCAAUUCCCACAUGUACAACGGGCGGACGCACCAGUGGAAGCCCCUCUACCCCGAUGACUACGUCCACAUCUCCAGCAAGCCGUGCGACCUGCACUGCACCACCGUGGACGGCCAGCGGCAGCUCAUGGUCCCCGCCCGCGACGGCACGUCCUGCAAGCUCACCGACCUGCGAGGGGUUUGCGUGUCUGGAAAAUGUGAGCCCAUCGGCUGUGACGGGGUGCUCUUCUCCACCCACACGCUGGACAAGUGCGGCGUCUGCCAGGGGGACGGUAGCAGCUGCACCCACGUGACAGGCAAUUACCGCAAGGGGAACACCCACCUCGGUUACUCUCUGGUGACCCACAUCCCAGCCGGCGCCCGAGACAUCCAGAUCGUGGAGCGGAAGAAGUCCGCCGACGUCCUGGCUCUUGCAGAUGAAGCUGGCUACUACUUCUUCAACGGCAACUUCAAGGUGGACAGCCCCAAGAACUUCAACAUCGCCGGCACGGUGGUCAAGUACCGGCGGCCUAUGGACAUCUACGAGACGGGCAUUGAGUACAUCGUGGCACAGGGGCCCACCAACCAGGGCCUGAACGUCAUGGUGUGGAAUCAGAACGGCAAAAGCCCCUCCAUCACCUUCGAGUACACGCUGCUGCAGCCGCCCGACGCCGGCCGCCCCCAGCCCAUCUACUACAGCUUCUCCGAGCCCGCCUCAGAGAGCGCAGAGAGCCAGGAGCUGGACGGGGCCGACCUGGUGGGCUUCCUGCGACACAACGGCUCCCUCUACGGCCAGGCCUCCUCGGAGCGGCUGGGCCUGGACAACCGGCUGUUUGGCCACCUGGGCCCGGGGAUGGAGCUGGGUCUGCCCAAGGGCCAGGAGACCAACGAGGUGUGCGAGCAGGCCAGCGGCGGGGCCUGCGAGGGGCCCCCCAGGGGCAAGGGCUUCGGAGACGGCAACACCACCGGGACGGCUCUUAUGGGGGACAAGGAGGACCAAGAGGCCGACGCCCGUUUCACCUCCCAGGAGCUCCUCUCCGCCAACGCCAUCUCCGACCAGCUCCUGGGCGCAGGCUCCGACUCCAAGGAGCCCGCCCUCAACGAGACUGUCAACAGCAUCUUUGCGCAGGGCGUCCCGAGGAGCUCCCCGGCCGAGACCUUCUACGUGGACUACGAGGAGAGCGAGGGAGCGGGCGCUUACCUGCUCAACGGGUCCCACCUGGAGCUGAGCAGCGACAGGGUGGCCAACACCUCCUCCGAGGCCCCCUUCCCCAACGUCAGCGCCAGCCUCCCCACCGCGCCGGGGAACAGGACUCACAAGGCCAGGACCAGGCCCAAGGUGCGCAAGCAAGGCGUGAGCCCGGCGGACAUGUACCGGUGGAAGCUGUCGUCCCACGAGCCGUGCAGCGCUACCUGCACCACAGGGGUCAUGUCAACCUACGCCAUGUGUGUCCGCUAUGACGGCAUCGAGGUGGACGACAGCUACUGCGACGCCCUGACCCGUCCCGAGCCCGUCCAGGAAUUCUGUGCUGGGAGAGAGUGCCAGCCCAGGUGGGAGACCAGCAGCUGGAGCGAGUGCUCGCGCACCUGUGGCGAGGGCUACCAGUUCCGCAUCGUGCGCUGCUGGAAGAUGCUGUCGCCCGGCUUCGACAGCUCGGUGUACAGCGACCUGUGCGAGGCGGCCGAGGCCGUGCGGCCUGAGGAGCGCAAGACGUGCCGGAACCCGGCCUGCGGGCCCCAGUGGGAAAUGUCCGAGUGGUCCGAGUGCACGGCCAAGUGUGGGGAGCGCAGCAUGGUGACCAGGGACAUCCGCUGCUCGGAGGAUGAGAAGCUGUGUGACCCCAACACCCGGCCCGUUGGGGAGAAGGACUGCACAGGCCCCCCCUGCGACCGCCAGUGGACCGUCUCCGACUGGGGGCCGUGCAGUGGAAGCUGCGGGCAGGGCCGCAUGAUCAGACACGUGUACUGCAAGACCAGCGACGGACGGGUGGUGCCCGAGUCUCAGUGCCAGAUGGAGACCAAGCCUCUGGCCAUCCACCCCUGCGGGGACAAAAACUGCCCAGCCCACUGGCUGGCCCAGGACUGGGAGCGGUGCAACACCACCUGUGGCCGAGGCGUCAAGAAGAGGCUGGUCCUGUGCAUGGAGCUGGCCAAUGGGAAGCCGCAGACGCGCAGCGGCCCUGAGUGCGGGCUGGCCACGAAGCCCCCCGAGGAGAGCACGUGCUUCGAGAGGCCCUGCUUCAAGUGGUACACCAGCCCGUGGUCUGAGUGCACCAAGACCUGCGGGGUGGGCGUGAGGAUGCGAGACGUGAAGUGCUACCAGGGGACCGACAUCGUGCGAGGCUGCGACCCGCUGGUGAAGCCCGUUGGCAGACAGGCCUGUGACCUGCAGCCCUGCCCCACAGAGCCCCCAGACGACAGCUGCCAGGACCAGCCGGGCACCAAUUGUGCCCUGGCCAUCAAGGUGAACCUCUGCGGCCACUGGUACUACAGCAAGGCGUGCUGUCGCUCCUGCAGGCCCCCCCACUCCUAGGCGUGGCAGCCGCCGCUCCUCAGAGACCCAA